AUGAGGCAACGUGGCUACAGCCGGGAAGACCUGGGUGCUUACGCGACGGUCAGCAUUGCCGGUAUCCAGAGUCGACAGAUUGACAUGCUCUACGGAACCUACCGAGCAGUUUUCAAAGUCGAGGGAUCCAACGGUGGCGCCUGUGCGGGAUUCUUUUGGUAUCGUGACGACCGAUCAGAAAUUGACAUGGAGAUUGUCACAAAAGGCACUUCGCUUGUGAACAACACGAUUAGCUUCACUUCACAUCCGUCUAGUGCGCCAGAUGGCUCUCCCGUCCCAGGCGCGACCUUGGCCAAGUCAUUAGACGAUCCCCAAUUCAGCACAGAUGUGUUUCGCGAAUAUCGCUUUGACAGCCACCCGGACCUUGGGGUCGCUUUUUACGUUGAUGGCAAGCUUGUUCACAAGAAUACCAACAACGUCCCAAAAGAGGGCGGCAACCUACAACUCAAGUUAUGGGCAGAUGGGAACCAAUGGUGGAGCGGAACGCCUAGCACUUCGGACGUAUUUAUGACUGUCGGGAGCGUCGUUGCAUACUACAACAGCACUAAGCUGGACCCCGGUUGGUUGGACAAUUGUAAAGCUGCCGGAGGCCCAAGCAAAAGCACUAUGUGCACCAUCUAA